CGCAGGGGCGCGGGCGCGGCGGGUUGUCGUUGGCUGGAGCAGCGGCUGCGCGGGUCGCGCUGCUGUGAGGUCUGCGGGCGCUGGCAAAUCCGGCCCAGGAUGUAGAGCUGGCCGUCCCUGACGGCGCGUCUGACGCGGAGUUGGGUGGGGUAGAGAGUAGGGGGCGGUAGUCGGGGGUGGUGGGAGAAGGAGGAGGCGGCGAAUCAUUUAUAAAUGGCGCCGAAGCAGGACCCGAAGCCUAAAUUCCAGGAGGGUGAGCGAGUGCUGUGCUUUCAUGGGCCUCUUCUUUAUGAAGCAAAGUGUGUAAAGGUUGCCAUAAAGGACAAACAAGUGAAAUACUUUAUACAUUACAGUGGUUGGAAUAAAAAUUGGGAUGAGUGGGUUCCAGAGAGCAGAGUACUCAAAUACGUGGACACCAAUUUGCAGAAACAGCGAGAACUUCAAAAAGCCAAUCAGGAGCAGUAUGCAGAGGGGAAGAUGAGAGGGGCUGCCCCAGGAAAGAAGACAUCUGGUCUGCAACAGAAAAAUGUUGAAGUGAAAACAAAAAAGAACAAACAGAAAACACCUGGAAAUGGAGAUGGUGGCAGUACCAGUGAGACCCCUCAGCCUCCUCGGAAGAAAAGGGCCCGGGUAGAUCCUACUGUUGAAAAUGAGGAAACAUUCAUGAACAGAGUUGAAGUUAAAGUAAAGAUUCCUGAAGAGCUAAAACCGUGGCUUGUUGAUGACUGGGACUUAAUUACCAGGCAAAAACAGCUCUUUUAUCUUCCUGCCAAGAAGAAUGUGGAUUCCAUUCUUGAGGAUUAUGCAAAUUACAAGAAAUCUCGUGGAAACACAGAUAAUAAGGAGUAUGCGGUUAAUGAAGUUGUGGCAGGGAUAAAAGAAUACUUCAAUGUAAUGUUGGGCACCCAGCUACUCUACAAAUUUGAGAGACCACAGUAUGCCGAAAUUCUUGCAGAUCAUCCCGAUGCACCCAUGUCCCAGGUGUAUGGAGCGCCACAUCUCCUCAGAUUAUUUGUACGAAUUGGAGCAAUGUUGGCCUAUACACCUCUGGAUGAGAAGAGCCUUGCUUUAUUACUCAAUUAUCUUCACGAUUUCCUAAAGUACCUGGCAAAGAAUUCUGCAACUUUGUUUAGUGCCAGCGAUUACGAAGUGGCUCCUCCUGAGUACCAUCGGAAAGCUGUGUGAGAGGCACUCUCACUCGGUUAUGUUUGGAUCUCCGUAAACACAUUUUUGUUCUUAGUCUAUCUCUUGUACAAACGAUGUGCUUUGAAGAUGUUAGUGUAUAACAAUUGAUGUUUGUUUUCUGUUUGAUUUUUAAACAGAGAAAAUAAAAGGAGUAAUAGCUCCUUUUUUCUUUUCUUUUCUUUUCUUUUUUUUUCAUUUCAAAUUUGCUGCCAGUGUUUUCAAUGAUGGACAACAGAGGGAUAUGCUGUAGAGUGUUUUAUUGCCUAGUUGACAAAGCUGCUUUUGAAUGCUGGUGGUUCUAUUCCUUUGACACUACGCACUUUUAUAAUACGUGUUAAUGCUAUAUGACAAAAUGCUCUGAUUCCUAGUGCCAAAGGUUCAAUUCAGUGUAUAUAACUGAACACACUCAUCCAUUUGUGCUCCUCUUUUUUUUUUUUUUUUUUUUUUUAAAUGGUGCUUGAAGUAAAGAGCCCAUCCUUUGCAAGUCAUCCAUGUUGUUACUUAGGCAUUUUAUCUUUGCUCAAAUUGUUGAAGAAUGGUGGCUUGUUUCAUGGUUUUUGUAUUUGUGUCUAAUGCACGUUUUAACAUGAUAGACGCAAUGCAUUGUGUAGCUAGUUUUCUGGAAAAGUCAAUCUUUUAGGAAUUGUUUUUCAGAUCUUCAAUAAAUUUUUUCUUUACAUUUCAAAAAA